AUUCAGCUGUAUUACAUAAAAUAAUUAUUAUAUUGUGUAUAUACCUCACUGCUCAAUCAAAAGAUUUUACAUGUUGACUACAAAGAUUAAGCUACUAUUCAUCUACUUUAGAAUGGUUAUGCUGAAAAAGUUCAAGAUAUGUGCUACUAGAAGCAGAAGAUUAGCUUUUGUAGUGGUUGGUGUGGUGGUGUUCUUUGUGCUCUCUGUUCACCUGUUGUUGAACAGACAUUACAAAAUAAAGUAUCAUACACCUGCUACAUGCAUUGCUAAAGACUGCACACUGCAAACACCACUACUGUACAAGGAUCUACCUCCACAGCUAUUGCUAAUACUAAUUCAUUCUGGAGCAAAAAGACAGAGUUUACGGAACAUCAUCAGAAAAACGUGGAUAUCUGACUUGAAGAAGGAUGUUAUUGAGUAUAGAUUUGUGGUAGGUGUUUCAAAUGUAGCAAAGGAUGUGUUGGAGAAGAUUACAGAAGAAUCUGAGAAGCAUGGUGAUAUGAUGUUGCUGCCUGAUGUGACCGACUCAAAAGCAACUCUGUCUCGAAGAACGCUAGACAGUUUUUCUUCAGCAGUGGCAAAUUUCCGGUUUACUUACGCCCUGAAGUGCGACGAGGACUCAGUUGUGGAUGUGCCUAGAAUAGCAACAGAGCUAUAUCAGAGACAAAGAACUGAUAGGUUAUACUGGGGCUACUUUUCAGGAGCAAAAUUUCUUAUGAAAAUUGGUCCGUAUACAGAAACUCACUGGUACAUUUGUGAAAAGUAUACACCGAUCGCAGCGGGAGGUGGAUACAUACUCUCGAGGGAUCUAGCUGAACUGUUGUCAAUUAACAAAGACUUGGUCACUUGGUAUGUCGCUGAAGAUGCUACAGUGUCGGCUAUGUUAACUCCCUACAAUAUUGAGAGGAAGCACGACACUCGCUUGAAUACUCCUGGAUGGCCGAAUCGUGGUUGUAAAGAACCUUACCUAAUUACUCAUAAAAUAGGCGCUGAUCAGAUACCUAUCCUGUAUAAGUCACUGACUAGCGUCGGUAGUUUAUGCUCGUCAAGAACUGAGUGGCACUUUUUUAUGGGUUAUCUGUACAAUUGGACUACUUUACCUAGUAGCUGUUGUAGUAUUAACCAUUCACUGCCUUAGGGUUAAUUGUCUCUUAACAUGUGUGUUUACAUCAUUCUAUCAUUCAUUGCUGUCAAAUAGGCGCCCGUGCACUUGUUACUUAAACCAUAAUAAUGAUUGACAGUAUAUAAGAAAUAUCAACAUUAAAAUGAAAUG